AUGCCUCCCCUAACAAUCAUAGUCACGGGCAAAUCAUCCGUCACCCACGCUCCAGAGCAUGGCACAAUCAGAUUCUCAGUAAAAGAAAACGGCCCCGAGCAAGACAAAGUCGCCAGGGAAGUGGUAACAUUAUCAACAUACCUACAAAGCUGGAUCAAAUCAACCUUUCGCUUCCGGACCGACGAUGAGCCCGAUGCCCCUCUGAUGAAAUUCUCAUCCACGAGUGUCAGAACGUGGACAAAGUCAACAGACAGACAUGACCAGCCCGUGCCAAACCCGUACCAUGCCAGUGUAUCCUUCAAAGCCGUCUUCCGCGACUUCGCCAAGUUGAAUCAGGCGAUCGAAGAAUUGAUAGUCUAUCCCAAGGUGGAGAUCGACGGCCUGAAUUGGAGUCUCACCGAUGAAACUGGCAGACGACUGGCUUCGGAUGCACGGAAAUUGGCAUUGCGCGAUGCUAUUCAACAAGCCGAUGACUAUUCGGAAGUGCUUGAACGCCAAGUCUCGGUGGUGGAAAUUACCGACCAUGGAAUGAGCCCCUACAAGGCUACCCACAGAAACAUGAUGGCUGGUAGUUUUGGUAGUCACCCUGGGGAGGACCCUGCGCCACUGGACCUCACGCCUCAGGAUAUUGAUGUCGAAAGUCAGGUCAAUGUCACCUUUCAAGCUGCGUGA